UAAAACAUUUUGAAAAUAAUUUUUCAUCUUCAAUUUAUGAAUUGAAAUGUGAUUUUUUUUAGGCAAAUAUGUUUGGAUAAUUUAAAAUCCUGAUUAUCCAUUAAUAUAAAGAAUUAAAGCACAAAAUAUGCUCCCUCAUAUAUCUUUCUCUCUGUGAACAUCCUUUGGGGAGAGGGAGAAAGGAAAGAUAAUUGCUAUGGGUCCUAAAAAGUGAAAUCUUUAACUGGACAGCACCUAAUUAUCUACGUAAAUAAAGGGCUUAGAAUAUCCCUGUGUUUAUCUAUUUUCAUCAAGACUGAGUCAGGCUGGUGGAAAAUCAGUUAAAGAUUUGCAUCACUAAUAAAAAACAUCAGUGAAAUAUUAACUCCCCCUUCACCCUCCAAAAACUUCAAAUGUGUUACCAUGCAAAGGAAAAGUUUCAGAUUUUACUAGAGCUGGGUUGCUGAGUUACUGAUAGAGGUUAAAAUAUAAGUGAAGUGUAGCCACAGGAGGAGAGGAAUUGUUUCUGUGUUACCUUUUCUCCUGUUGCCUUGCACCCAAAUGAUUGCUGCAUUGGGUGAUUGUCUUCAUUUUUUAAUUAACGCAAAAAGUGAGCUUUGGUGUAGGGUUAAAUAAUGUCUACAGUGUGCAUUUGGCAUUGUAAGCAUCACAAUUUCUCUUUUCCAAUUUGUAAUUCCUAAGUUAGAGGUCAUUUCUGGAGCUUGAUAUAAGAAUAUUUUAUGUUUUGUUGAUUUUCUUCAUUGAUCUCUUAAACAUAUAACUUCAUAGAUGCUGUCACCUGAUCCUAGACACAGUGGAAGUUGCAGCAGCAAAGCACAAAAGAAGAGCUUUAGUUUUUGGCGCAGGUAGUCUGUCCCAGCUGUGCACCUCAUAACACUGCAUGCAACUGUGCCAAAUCUCAUAAAGGCUGAUCCAGGCUGAAGCCAAUGAUCCUAGAUGUGCAGUCAAGCCAACAGGCUGCAUAUCAGCCUCUUCUAUAAACCAGCCCUGCAUUUAUUGCCUUCAAAGACCACCACCUAACUCUACUUGUAGUGGAGACUUGUUUGCUUCUCCUACAGCAGCCCCAUCUGAACAGGAUUUGGCUCACACAAAUGGCUCUCUGCACUUGAGAAAACAGCCCAUGACCUUUAAAUAAGUCAGCUUACAUGAUGAUUGAAGAUAACAAAGAGAACGAAGACCAUGCAUCUGAAAGAGGAAGGACAGCCAUCAUUUUUUCCUUGAAGAAUGAAGUUGGAGGACUUGUGAAAGCAUUAAAACUCUUUCAGGAGAAGCAUGUAAAUCUGGUACACAUUGAGUCACGGAAGUCCAAGAGACGAAAUUCGGAGUUUGAGAUCUUUGUAGACUGUGACAGUAACAGGGAACAGCUGAAUGAGAUUUUCCAGCUCCUGAAAUCCCACGUCAACAUCGUCUCUGUGAGCCCCACAGAGCAUUUCAGUGUCCAGGAAGAUGGCAUGGAGAACGUUCCCUGGUUUCCGAAGAAGAUCUCAGACUUGGAUAAGUGUGCAAACCGGGUGCUGAUGUACGGCUCUGACUUGGAUGCCGACCAUCCCGGUUUCAAAGACAAUGUUUAUCGCAAGAGGCGAAAGUAUUUUGCAGACCUGGCUAUGAACUACAAACAUGGUGACCCAAUCCCCAAGAUUGAAUUCACUGAGGAGGAGGUCAAGACUUGGGGGACUGUGUACCGAGAGCUGAACAAUCUUUACCCAACUUAUGCCUGCAGAGAGUACCUGAAAAACCUGCCCCUGCUCACCAAACACUGUGGGUACAGGGAGGACAAUAUUCCCCAGCUGGAAGAUGUGUCUCGCUUCCUGAAAGAGCGCACAGGCUUCACCAUUCGCCCUGUGGCUGGAUAUCUGUCACCCAGAGACUUCUUGGCAGGACUGGCAUUCCGAGUUUUCCACUGCACUCAAUAUGUCAGACACAGCUCGGACCCUCUCUACACACCAGAGCCUGAUACCUGCCAUGAGCUCCUUGGCCAUGUCCCUCUUUUGGCCGAACCCAGUUUUGCUCAGUUCUCCCAGGAAAUUGGUCUUGCAUCACUUGGGGCAUCAGAUGAGGCUGUCCAAAAACUGGCAACAUGCUACUUCUUCACGGUAGAGUUUGGCUUGUGCAAGCAAGAGGGGCAGCUACGAGUUUAUGGGGCUGGCUUGCUCUCUUCCAUUAGUGAGCUCAAGCACUCACUCUCUGACAGCGCCAAAGUCAAACCUUUUGAUCCCAAGGUCACCUGCAAGCAAGAAUGUAUCAUUACAACUUUCCAGGAGGUUUACUUUGUUUCUGAAAGUUUUGAAGAAGCAAAGGAAAAGAUGAGAGAGUUUGCAAAAACCAUCAAGCGUCCCUUUGGGGUGAAGUACAACCCCUACACUCAGAGCGUGCAGGUCCUGAAGGACACGAAGAGCAUCGCCAGCGUGGUGAACGAGCUGCGCCACGAGCUGGACAUUGUCAGUGAUGCCCUCAGCAAGAUGGGCAAGCAGCUGGAAGUUUAACACCCUGCCAGCACUGGGCUGCGAGCCAAUCCUCCCCUUUCCCCCACUGAUUUCUUUCUAGGCAUAUAAUGUGUUGCAUGCAGAACUCACUCCUUUGCACAUGGAAGAGUAAACGGCCCUUAAGAAUAUAACAAUUUAAUCUUGUUACUCUCUGUAAAUUUCCUCAGAUAAAUGCAUUCCUCCAACCCCCUUGGGUAAAAAAGGUCCAGAGUUGCCUUUUAGAAGCUUGUAGGGGAAUGGAGAAAUUGUUAGAUUGGAGAAAAAGUGUAGUCUGUGGAUCAGGGCUGAGAUCAGAUGCUGCAGGAGGUGGCUUAUGAGGCAAAAAUGGAGUAAUUCACCCCAGAGAGAAUUCAAUUCCUGACUCCAGCAGUCUCUGCUACUGACUGUAUGGUGCUGAACACUUGACAAUGUAGAAGCUGUGGUAAUUCAGUGUUUCAAAGACUGUGCUACUAAGUUUGAGACUUGAAUGAUUACAAUGCAGGCAUCAGGACACAAAUAGCUGGAGGUUCAACACAAUAAAAGGGAGGAGUCAAAUCUUGCUUUCAAAGGGAUUAUUCUAGCCACAAAGAGUUGCAAAUGUGAUGUUUGGCAUGCUUCUAGUAUAAGGAGAGAUACAGCUAUUGCAUGAAAUCCUAAUUAUGUUUAUUUUAAGUGAUUUGAUAUUGGCUUAGAGUCAGGAUUUUUUUUGCUGUCCUUGAUAUUGCACCUGAGGGAAGACCUUUCCUUACAGAGAUACCAUUUGCCUUUUUCCUGAUUGAAUUACUUCAGCAAAAAAAUACAGCAAGCCAUCAAGCAUUGAUUUAGCAUAAAGCCCAAAACCAUUUCCAAACUGCAGCUUCAUAUUCAAAAUAGCUUAAUUUGCUCUAAAAUAACAUCAAAGUUUAAAAAAACACCCAAAGCUCAUAGACCAGUGUGCUUUAUGUAAAAAUAAAUAUCCUAUUGAUUGCUCAGUCACUUUUUUGACCUGCACAAGCUACACAAAUACACAUUUAGUUUCUUCUUUACCUGACUUGAACACCUUCAUCCCCUAUCUAUUAAAUUAUAACUGAAAGGCCCAAGCAUUUCAUAGGAAUUCUGUGGUUUUUAAGGCAAGAAACUACCUUGUAGUGUAAAGCAUACCUGAUCCCAAAGAGCACUUUAGAAGUGUAGGGAAGCAGUGUCCUGCUGAAUUGUCUGCAUUGCACAGUAGUAAAUUGCCUGUGUCGAGGGUCCCACAGUUCCAAGCAUCUUGCAGAGCUGGGCAAAGCUUCUGCCACCCCUGUUCUGGCAUGGACAUGUGUGCAGGAUGUGAGACAUUCAAAGGGGGGGAUCUGUGAUGUGCAGGGUGUAUUUAACAGCAUCCUAGGCACUGUUUUGUGUCAUACGUAGAUCUUAUCAGGAAAUCCAGAAAGUGUGCUGGAAGAAUGAUCUGAAAUCUUAAAUACACUGGAGACGCUAGUCCAGGAUUUUGAGAACUUGAAAGGACUUUCAUGAAACCUCUGUGCUUGAAAAUUAGCUUGAGUUUCAUAUGCUCUCUAGUUGGACACCUCUGCUCCAUAAGCAAUUGCCAGACCAACCUUUCCAAGAAUACUCACUGUUUAAAUCAAGACUAGAUAGAUUUUUCUGUGGCUAUUAACCCACUAUAACUUUGUUUUAAAGAGCAUUUAAGAUGUAGAAUUAUGGUCUACAACAUUUAUGGCUUACAUUGCACUUAAUUUAAAAAUAGGCUUAGGAACUUUGUCUUUCUAAAGAAGAAACCUUCCUCUAAUUGAGUAGUAAGGGAGGAUCUGUUUUGUCUGCUUCUGUGAUAACAGUUAAUAUUCAGCUACAGUUUUAACCACACUGAAUUUAUGAUGUUGUUGAAAUAUACAUAGGUCUGUGUUACUUCCAGCCUUGUCUGAGCUAUGUGUACGUUUCAAGUAGGAGUUCUUAAACUUGUUAAAGUAGCACCUACUUUCAAGUACUUUGUAAAAACAGCAGUUGUAUAUUUAUUUGCAUUUGUGUAGCAAAAGAAAAAGUAAACUGCUAGACAUAAUACCGAGACGAUGCACUUCCACGGCACUAACAACGUGUAUGUUUGGCUUCGCCCCCCCCCCCAAACUUUCGGUGAAACCACGAUAAUUUAAGUACUUUAAACCAUUAUGGAGGAUUAAAUGUCAACGAAAUAAAGGAGUUGUGAUAAUUA